UCUGGUUGGUGAGAAACUAGUUCCGCCCCCGGUCGCCAUGUAUCGCUCCACACGGAACCUGCAGCGCUUCAGCGCGGAUCUGUCGAAGCUGUGGGCCGCGCAGAGAUCCAGCAGCCUCCGGAACAUCUGCCCGGCGCCGGGAGUCCAGCUCAGGCCGCUCAGAAUGGCCAGUUCAGAGUCGUUCAGGAUCGAGAGGGACACGUUCGGAGAGCUCAAAGUUCCUUCUGAUAAAUAUUAUGGAGCUCAAACUGUCAGAUCAACCAUGAACUUCAAGAUCGGAGGAGCCACGGAGAGAAUGCCAAUACAAGUCAUCAAAGCCUUUGGUAUUCUGAAGAAAGCUGCUGCAGACGUGAAUAAAGAUUAUGGUUUGGACCCAAAGAUUGCAGACGCCAUCAUAAAAGCUGCUGAUGAGGUGGCUGCUGGGAAGCUGGAUGAUCAUUUCCCGCUGGUGGUUUGGCAAACAGGAUCCGGAACGCAGACUAACAUGAACGUCAAUGAGGUGAUCAGUAACAGAGCCAUCGAGAUUCUGGGAGGAAAACUGGGCAGCAAAGACCCGGUUCACCCCAACGACCACGUCAACAAGAGCCAGAGCUCCAAUGACACGUUCCCCACCGCCAUGCACAUCGCUGCCGCGAAGGAGGUCCAUGAGGUGGUUCUUCCGGGUCUUCAGACGCUGCACGAUGCUCUCGCUGCCAAAGCCCAACAGUUCAAAGACAUCAUUAAGAUCGGCCGCACACACACACAAGACGCCGUGCCGCUCUCUCUCGGACAGGAGUUUGGCGGUUACGUCCAGCAGGUGAAGUACAGCAUCGAGCGGGUGAAAGCGCCCAUGCCUCGUGUGUAUGAGCUGGCAGCGGGCGGCACUGCGGUCGGCACCGGACUCAACACACGCAUCGGCUUCGCUGAGAAAGUGGCAGAUAAAGUGGCUGCACUCACAGGUCUUCCGUUCGUCACAGCGGCUAAUAAGUUCGAGGCUCUGGCGGCCCACGAUGCACUGGUGGAGCUGAGCGGCGCUCUGAACACCGUCGCCGUCAGCAUGAUGAAGAUCGCCAACGACAUCCGCUUCCUGGGAUCCGGACCUCGCUCGGGCCUCGGAGAGCUGAUCCUGCCCGAGAACGAGCCCGGCUCCAGCAUCAUGCCCGGUAAGGUGAACCCCACGCAGUGUGAGGCCAUGACUAUGGUAGCAGCUCAGGUGAUGGGAAACCACGUGGCUGUUACUGUCGGAGGAAGCAACGGACACUUUGAGCUCAACGUGUUCAAGCCGAUGAUCAUUAAGAACGUGCUGAACUCUGCCCGGCUGCUGGGCGAUGCUUCGGUCUCGUUCACCAAUAACUGUGUGGUCGGAAUCGAGGCCAACACAGAGAGAAUCAACAAACUGAUGAACGAGUCUCUGAUGCUGGUCACGGCGCUGAACCCUCACAUAGGUUAUGAUAAAGCUGCUGCUAUUGCAAAGACGGCGCACAAAGAGGGCUCGACUCUGAAAGCCACGGCCGUCAAGCUGGGCUUCCUGACAGAGGAGCAGUUUGAGCAGUGGGUGCGACCGCAGGACAUGCUGGGACCCAAAUAGAGCAGAACCGCGGGACGCCCAGCUAAAGGUCACGGGAACGAUGCCUUUGUACAAUAAAACACCCGUUUCAUUCAAAUGCAUUGGUCCUGUGCGUCUGAGAAUGUGUGGUUUCUCUCAGUCUCUGCACACUUUCAGACAGCGGUCGUGACGGACAUUAAAGUUCAUCGUGUAACACGAGAUCGUCAGUAACAUCUGCUGAUGUGUGCACUUACAUUUAUUCAUUUGACAGACGCUGUGUUUUCAGGGUUUAAUAUGUGAUCAGUGUUUGUGCUCCCUGUCGACGCAUCGGAAAAUCUCACAGAAAUAUAUCCAUCCCCAAAUCAAGAGUGUGAAAUAAUGGAAAAAAUGUUGGUUUGUGUGAGUGUAAUUUUUGAGUGUAAUUAAGUUUUCUUUUCUAAAUGGCCUCUAAGUCAUCCUGUAUAUAUAUAUAUAUAUAUAUAGCAUAUUUCAGACACAAUGCUAAUUCAAAGUGAUUCACAGAAUUAAAAAAAAAAAGAAUUAAAAAGCAAAAAUAAAAUAUUAAAAUAAAAAUAUAAAGGUUCAUAAACAAUUAAGAAAAUAAAACAUAUGUAUACAUAUAUAAAAAUAUAUAUUUGUCUAUACCUACGUAUAUAUUGCUCACAGAAGCACAUUUACUUGCUGCUGGGUGAGUCUCACUAAACCAGUUAAGAAGAUUCUAAUUAUAUUUCACUUCAAAAUCAAAAGAAAAAUUACAUUUUGCAUGAGGAAAAAGCUUUUUUUUUUACAUAGCGACAAUGUAUUUGUCCUUUUCCCCAAUAUUCUCUGUAAUAUAAAGAAAAAUAAUAUUU